AUGUUAUUAAAAAUUUUAGUGCUUUACGCCUUGUUGAAUAUCGUAUACUCUGCGUCCGAACACCCGAUAUUGCUAAUAGUUUCCUAUGAUGCAUUCAAAUAUAAUUUUUUCGACACGAAAUUGGUGCCCAACAUGGAAAGGAUCAGAAAAAACGGCACUUAUUCGGAUUACUUGAUAAACGUUUUUCCUACCAAGACGUUCCCAAAUCACCACUCGAUCGCCACUGGUUUGUAUCCAGAAGUUCACGGAGUUAUAGGUAAUUCUUAUUUCGACCAAGAUAGGAGCACCUUGCAAAAAAUGGGCAAAGACAUGUUCAGUUAUAAUAAGGGCGUUGUACCGAUAUGGAGGUUGAACGAGGAUUCUGGAAAGGGAAGAUACUCUGGUAGCAUGAUGUGGCCUGGAGCCGUUUUUCCCUAUCAAGGCAAAAAUAUUACUUACAGACAGGAUUUUGAUUCGAAAAUUGAUUGGUACAAAAGGAUCGAUACGGUUAUCACUUGGUUAACUGACCCCUACAAGCCGGCAAAUCUGGUUAUGCUUUACAUAGAAGAACCGGAUACACACGCACACGCAUUAGGACCUCAUUCCCAAACAGUUUUGCAACUUUUACGAGACCUCGACAACAUUACUCUUUAUUUAAAAGAACAAUUAGAAAAACACAAAUUAGCUGAUAAGGCCAACGUUAUACAUUUAAGCGAUCACGGUUUGGUCGGCGUGAAGCCGACUAAUUUCAUUAAUAUAACUCAGUAUAUGAAGAAUGGUACUUACAAUAUGGCCGAUUCGAGUCCCGUUCUUCAAAUUUAUCCCAAAAAAGGUUACCAACAAAAAAUUUACGAUUCAUUGAAAGCGGGAUCGCAGAAAAACGGCCACUUUAAGGUGUAUUUAAAGAAGGAUUUCCCCAAGCAGUGGCACUACAAAAAAUCGACCAGAUCGCCUCCUAUUCUGGUUAUGUCCGAUGUCGGUUACGCCAUGGACGAUUUGAUCGAAAGCGCUCCAUUAUACGCCAAAGCUUACAAUUUCACUCUAACAAACAAUUCCGAAUUUGGUGUGCACGGCUACGAAACCAACGUCACCGAAAUGCGUCCAUUCUUCAUGGCCAGAGGCCCUAAGAUCAAAGUAGGGCAUAAAGUAGCCCCGUUUCACACCGUCGAUCUCUUCAAUCUAUUCACGAAGAUUUUGGAGAUUCCUCAUUUGCCUAACAACGGUUCGAUGGGCAACAUUGUGGAAAUAUUAACGGAGAAACCAGCAUCGCAUACCUUCGGUUCCAUAUUGGUCGUCACCGCCGUAGGCGUCUUGAUAGCCGUGUUGAUCGUAAGCGCGGCCGCCUCGAUCGCGCUGGCCAUCGUCAAAAGACAGCAGACGAUCGCGACGGCGGCGGCGCUCAACAAGCGGUUUCCGCAGACGUUCGUUCGAAACGACGCCGUCGAGGUGCAGCAUCUCCUCGAACCCGAGGACGCCUAA